AUGGAGCAAAUUUUCGAAGUGCUUUACUGCACGGAUGAUCAGAAGGUGAAAUAUGCCACUUACCAUUUGACUGACAUGGCAAACAAAUGGUGGAAGUCGACUCGGGCUUUGGUUCAGUUGGAAUUGGGGGAAGCAGUCCCCAUUACUUGGGAGUAUUUCAAGAAAAUUUUUUUAGACCACUUCUUUCCGCAAACCCUUCAGGAGUCGAGAGCUCGCCAGUUUAUGGAUCUUACUCAAGGAUCAAUGACGGUAGCACAGUAUGCUACGACAUUCAUGGAGCUUUCCCGUUUUGCCAGUUACUUAAUUCCAGAUGAGGAAAAGAAAGCUGAAAAGUUUGAGCGCGAUCUGAAUCGCAGGAUUAGGGAGCGUGUACGUACUCUCAGGAUUCGGAGUUUCACGGAACUGGUCACCCGUGCUACCAUUGCUAAAGAAGACAUUCAAGAAAGUAUCGAUUACAAUAAUCAAAGAAAGCGACAGCAGCAACAACAACUCCAACCAGCAUCACAUAGGGAUAAGAGGCAUUGUCAGGAUAAUGCACAAUGGCCACGACAGGGCGAGACAGGAUGGCUUCCCCUAUGUGGAAAGUGUAGUAAGAGGCAUGCAGGGAAAUGUUUGUUGGGAACCGGAUCAUGUUUCAAGUGUGGGAAGGAAGGACACCAUCUUCGAGACUGUCCUGGGAAGAACAUAGCUACUACUCAAGCUACAAGAGAUGGACAGAAGAAUAUGGCACCAGCUCGAGUUUUCUCCUUGGUACAGUUGCGUGACACCAAUGUGCCCGCCAAUGAGAACACAGGUAACUAUUUUUCCUCAAUUAGAAAUAUUGGUUAUUGA